AUGAAUGACUACAAGCUGGAAGAAGGCCCCGUGACUAAGGAGAAGACUUUCAAGAGAUUUGCUCCAAGGAAAGGAGACAAAAUAUACAAAGAACUUUUAAAAUUCUAUUUUUAUUCUGAUGCUUACAGACAUUUGAAAUUCUCGUGUGAAACUAUAAUGGAAAAGUACGAAGAUGAAAUAUUCUCACUUAUCGCCCAGGAGGCACACUACCUUGCUGACAAGCUGUGCAGUGAAGAAUCAGGUCUGUGUGAAACUUCUGCUAAUCACACUGAACUCUAG